AUGAAGACCGUGGACAAGCAGCGCUUGCUGGACGCCAGGUCCGGGGCGCGGUCUUACAUGGGGUCUCUGUGGCAGAACGAGGCUGGCUGGAUUUCCGUGUCACGACCCGAGCUGGACUUGCCAUCCAUUGAGCUGCCCGUGGAGAACAGUCACUACUGCCACUCCCAGAAGGGUCCUGGCAGUGACCCCAGGAAAGAGCAGGCCCGACGACAGCUCUAUGUGGCCUCUGCCAUCUGCCUGGUGUUCAUGGUUGGGGAGAUCGUCGGUGGGUACCUAGCACAUAGCUUGGCCAUCAUGACUGAUGCAGCCCAUCUCCUCACUGACAUUGCCAGCAUGCUCACCAGCCUUUUCUCUCUCUGGAUGUCCACCCGGCCGGCCACCAAGACCAUGAACUUCGGCUGGCAGCGAGCUGAGAUCCUGGGAGCCCUGCUCUCUGUGCUGUCCAUCUGGGUGGUGACGGGGGUGCUGGUGUACCUGGCGACAGAGCGGUUAAUCUCCGGCAACUAUGAGAUCCACGGGAAGACGAUGCUGAUCACGGCCGGCUGCGCCGUGGCCGUGAACAUCAUAAUGGGAUUGACCCUUCACCAGUCUGGCCACGGACACAGCCACGGCCAAGGCCACGGACACAGCCACGGCCAAGGCCAAGGGCACAGCCAAGACAUCAUUCAGCAGCAGGAGAACCCCAGUGUCCGAGCUGCCUUCAUCCAUGUGAUCGGAGACUUGCUGCAGAGCGUGGGCGUCCUGGUGGCAGCCUUUAUUUUAUACUUCAAGCCAGAGUACAAGUACGUAGACCCCAUCUGCACCUUCAUCUUCUCCGUCCUGGUGCUGGGGACCACCCUGACCAUCCUGAGGGACGUGGUCCUGGUGCUAAUGGAAGGGACCCCCAAGGGCGUGGACUUCACGGCUGUCCGGGACCUGCUGCUGUCGGUGGAGGGGGUAGAAGCCUUGCACAGCCUGCACAUCUGGGCCCUGACCGUGACCCAGCCCGUGCUGUCUGUCCACGUCGCCAUUGCUCAGAACACAGAUGCCCAGGCCGUGCUGAAGGCCGCCAGCGCCCGCCUACAGGGCAAGUUCAACUUCCACACCAUGACCAUCCAGAUCGAGGACUACUCUGAGGCCAUGAGGGACUGCCAGGCGUGCCAGGGCCCCUCGGACUGA